GAAAUUGUAUGCAUGAUCGAUAUGCAUUAGAAUAGUGCCCCAAUAGUGCACAGAAUAUGAAGGACAACGUAUAGGUAUAUUCUCUCGAAUUGGGUCAUUCGUGAAAUUUAUGAUAGGGGGUGCGGCGCCUAAUGAUAACUCCGUGAUUAUCUCUAAGACCUGGAUCUAAGAAUGGAUGGACAAACGAUGCGUUUGAUGUGUUUGGAGGGAUUGCUCCUCAUCUGCAUCUGUCAUGUCUGUGUGGUUUAUUGUGAGUCGGUGAUCGUCGAUGUGAUAGAUGGAAGGCUGGUCGGUGAAACGAUUCCUUUUGAUCAAGAGUUCCUCGGAAUCACAACAAAUGUUGAUGUUUUCCUGGGCGUUCCGUUUGCCGAGCCGCCAGUCAGAUUUGCUGCCCCUGUACCCAAGGAACCCUGGGAAGGGGAUUGGAAUGCCACAUACUUCAGGGAUACUUGCUCUAAUAACGUCAGGAGCAAUCCACUUCAGAUGCCAUCCAGCGAAGAUUGUCUCUAUCUCAAUAUCUUCGCUCCAACUCCGAGGCCAACCAAUGCUGCAGUGAUGGUAUACUUCCCGGGAGGAGCAUUCAAGUUUGGUGGUGCUUCUAAUCCUCUCUAUGCAGGCAUCUCAUUGGCUGCUUCAUCUGAUGUCAUUGUCGUCACAGUUGGGUAUAGAGUCGGAGUGUUUGGGGUAUUUACUACGGGUGAUGAAGUUGCUCCAGGAAAUUAUGCCAUGUUGGAUCAGGUUGCUGCUUUACAGUGGGUCCACGGCAAUAUCGAAGCUUUUGGUGGUGAUAAGGAAAAGGUCACAAUUUUCGGGCAAAGUGCUGGUGCCGGGAGUGUUGGUUUCUUGCUCCUCUCUAAACUCACCGCUGGAUUAUUUUCACAAGCUAUAUUGCAGAGUGGUAGUGCCUUGUCUCCUCGCUACUUCCGCAAUGACCUUUCCGAGGAUCGACGCGACGCAGUGGAACUUGCUUCUGCCGUGGGAUGUCCUACUACAGACGCUGUUGCCAUGGUUGCAUGCCUCAGAUCUGUGGAUGAAAUGACCUUGCUGGAAGUGCAGGAUUCGGUCUAUGAUACUGGCUACCACAUUCGUGUGGAUGGCACCUUCCUGGAGGACACUCCCGAGAAUCUCCUGUACGGUGAAGACACCAUCCGUCAUCCUGCAGCCAUCAUGGCCGGAUUCAACAGCCAAGAAGGCACUGCCAGCGUGCUCUCUCUCUUCCCGGAGUACAGCACCAGGGAAAUGGGUCCUUUCAUCAAUCGUUCCAUGUUUAGGACCAUGGUACAUAGCUCCCUCUUGGGUUCCGACAAGCAUUCCAUCGUCAGGCAGUCCAUCUAUCAGGAGUACGUAGAUUGGAGCCAGGCCGACUACGAUGAUCUGGACUAUUUUGAUGCGUAUGUGGCCUUCUACAGAGACUACAUCUGGGCUAGCGGUAGUGAUGCCACUCUAAGACGUUAUUACGAGUUAGGCGUUGAAAACGUCUACCAGUAUUAUUUUACCCAUACCCCGAGCAGUUCUUAUUAUCGUUCUGGGCCAGUCAAUCCAACAUGGCUCCAGGCUUGUCAUACGGAAGAGCUCCAGUUUGUCUUUGGAUGGUCAUUUGAUGAGAACAUCUUACAGUACAAGCAUGAACUGACGGAUGAUGAGAAGACCGUGUCUGCUCAGAUGAUGAAGAUGUGGACCAACUUUGCUAAAUCUGGUGAUCCCACCCGUGAGUCGGCCGACUCUUCUCCUGAUCCCGAGCUACCUGCUUGGGCACCCUACACUAUCCCCGAGCGUCGUUACUUAGAAAUCAGAUUGAAUAACUCAACUACAGAGAGAGCUGUCCAAGCAAGCGGAAUGGCUUUCUGGAAUCGCUAUAUUCCCGAGCUGAGAAAGUUCAUAGAGGGCCUGUCCGAUGAUGAAGAGGAAUGGGGAGAGCAGUUUGCUGCCUGGCAGGACAGGAUGGACGAAUGGCGGGUUGCUUUUGAUGACUAUCUGGCAAAACCUACCUGCCCAUACCCAUAGACAUAUUUCAUGGUUUUUGCUUAAUAGAAAUAAUAAUACAGGAUAAUUAUCUUGUUCACAUAUUCUAAGGUGUUUAGGGCAUUGCGAUAUUACCUUUGAAAAUAUAGGCUAGCAAUUUUAAUGUUGACAACUCAUUUUUCUAAUAAUAGAUGUUAAGUGAAACAGUGUCAAUAGUACUUAUUCUGUGCCAAAAGAAUUUAAUCCUAGUUAAAUUCUUGUUUGAACCCCCCUC